CUAAACCCACAACAGUAAAAUCAGUCUGUAUAUGCAGUAAAACAUGCUUGUUAUACUCACUUUGGAACCUAAGGGGUUAAUCUGCAUUGUGUAAAAAGGAUGUUUGAUCCUGACUGUGUCCUCCUCUUACCUGCUGAUUAAACAUAUCAUGUGGAGUCAUUCUGCACAUGCUCAGUUUGGUGUUUAUUGCUAGAGAGGUUUUUUUUGGGGGGAGAGUGCAUGUGAUCAGCACAGGGCCAAUCAGCACUUUCCAGACAGAGGGUCAGGGGUUCUGCAUCCUCCAACAG